AACAACUGUACAACUUAGGGAUUAUGAUUAGAUUUGGUACAACUGCAAGUAGUAGCAUUAAUUAUAAUAUAAGCUUCACUUUUAGUAGUUAACCAUAAUUAGGUAGGCAAAGCUACCCCAAUUAUAUCUUGCUUUUUUGACAUGGUAUCUUGCGCUCAUGUGCAUCUCCUAAGCCUUGACUACAGGCCAGAAUCAUUUGUGUAUAUAUUAGUCUUCCACUCAAAUUCCAAAAGGGCAUCCUUCAAAUAUGCAGAUAACUCUUCAAAAAAAGAAUUCUGAUCGAUUUAGGCGCCACCGGCGACGACGAAGAAUUUUAUAGCCAUAACAAGUUUAAGAGCAAACGGUCCCCAAUUUGGAUAACAGUCAUCCACAAAGACAAUAAUACCAAGUCUCUUGCCUUAUUGCUGACACAAGGAAAGAAUAAAGAUGCUCCUUCUAUGUCUAUUUCCAUCUGGAAUGUUCACAACAUUACUGUAACUCAAAAGAAACAACACCUAUGAACCCAAGAAAACAAAUCAGUCCCUCUCUCUCUCUCUCUUUUUACUUAACCAAAAAAACACAACCCCAUCAAAGAAAAAAACUAGUCCUGUAGGUGUUAUUGGCGCAAUUCUACAAGACCCUUUUUCAUAUUUUAUCCAUUUGUUUUCAUAGUAAAACAUGCAUCGCCACCUUUUGGGGACACAGGUGAGUUUGCCACCGGAAAAUUAUGGGUUCAAGGUUCGUGAUUCUAAUAACUACAUUAACGAGGCCAAUUUUGACACCAACAUGGUGAUCAUAUUAGCAGCUUUGUUGUGUGCACUGAUUUGUGCACUCGGGCUCAACUCAAUCGUGCGGUGUGCCUUGCGUUGUAGUCGAAGGUUUGCGUUGGAAACCCCUGAACAAACCGCUGCAAGAUUAGCUGCUACAGGGCUCAAGAAGCGUGAUUUGCGUCAGAUUCCCAUUGCGGUUUAUGGGUCCGAUUUGAAUAGUAGUAAUAAUGUUUUUAAAGGUACAGAAUGUCCCAUUUGCCUCGGGGAAUUCGAAGAUGGUGAGAAAGUUCGAAUCUUGCCAAAAUGUAAUCACGGGUUCCAUGUUAGGUGCAUAGACACAUGGCUUUUGUCACACUCAUCGUGCCCAAAUUGUCGGCAUUCAUUGCUUGAGGCUGAGCACAAAACAACAAUUACUACUGCUACUUCUUCAGGUGCAAAUCAAGCAGCACAGCCAGAACCGUGUACAACUGGGUCUAGGAGCCAAGGUGUCAUAGUUGUAAACGAAGCAAGUUAAUUAGAUUUUGACAAUUGGGCAAAGAUUUCUGUUAAAUAUUUUAGGGUCAACAUGUUGAAGAUUUAUUAUUAUUAGCGUUAUGAGGUGGUUCUUUUUUCUCGGAAUGUUUAAUUAUGUAGGGUAGGAGAUAAGCUAGGAUCAAAUAUGUAUAUGUUAUUUUAAGGACUUUGUUGAGAUAUUUAGUGCAUUAGUUUUUUUUAUGA